AUGGCAACAGGAACUGGCAAAGCUCAAUGCAGUAAAUGCAAUAAAGUAAAAAGUGCAGUACGAUGUGAAGGCUGCUUACGAAUGUUUUGCUACGAGGAUUUACCUCGUCAUCAUCAAGAAUUAAGUAAAGAAUUAGACGAAAUUGAAAGUAAUCGUAAUCUAUUUCGGCAAACACUCACUGAACAAACACGAGAGCCUAAAAACCAUUCAUUGAUAAAACAAAUUAAUCAGUGGGAAGAAGAUUCAAUUAAAAAAAUUAAACAAACAGCGCAUGAAUGUAGACAAAUAUUACUGCAACAUAUGGCUGAACAUAUUACUCAAAUAGAAGUUAAUUUAGCUCAACUAACUGAUAAACUGAAAGAAACUCGUCAAGAAAAUGAUUUCAAUGAAAUUAUUUUAAAUCAAUUUAAAAAUACAUUGACACAAUUAGCAAAAGAACUUGACAAACCACUCAAUAUUUCAAUUAAACAAGAAAAUACGGUACUUAUUAAUCCAAUAUCUGUCGUUGUAUCUUCUAGUAAGUGUUUUGGUUGUAUCUGA